AUGACUACUCCCCCACACCCAUCCAACAUGAAAGCCUGGCUCUAUAACAGCACGACUGGUGGCCUUGAAAAGAACCUAAACCUAGAGCCCAGCGCCCGUGCCCCGCCCGCGCCCCGCGGCUCCCAAGUCCUCAUCCAAGUCCUCACCGCAUCCCUCAAUCCAGCCGACUUCAAAGUCCCAGAAAUGGGCAUGGCAGCCCACCUUGUCAUCGGCCUGCCCGCAUCACCGGGGAUGGAUUUCGCCGGACGCGUAGUCACGACCGGGCCUGGCGCCACCCAUCUCCGCCCCGGCCAGCUCGUCUACGGCUGCCACAGCCGGCCGACGAGGUUCGGGUCCUUGGCAGAGUAUCUGACCAUCGACGUGGGGUGCGUCGUGCCGGUCCCCGAGGGCGUGGAGCUCGACCAGGCCGCGGGGCUGGGGAUCGCGGCGCAGUCUGCGUACCAGGCGCUGGUGGGGUACGUGAAAGAGGGCGAUAAAGUGUUUGUGAACGGGGGCUCGGGCGGAUGCGGGCUCUUCGCGAUCCAGAUUGCAAAGGCACUUGGGUGCCAUGUGACGGUUACGUGCUCAACACGGAAUGUCGAGCUGUGCCGCGGGCUUGGAGCGGACGAGGUUAUUGAUUAUACGGCUGUGGAUGAUUUGGUCGGGGUGCUUUGUGACGGCGGCACGGUUUAUGAUCAUGUGCUGGAUCAUAUUGGGUCUCCUUCGGAGCUGUACUUCCAGAGUCAUCAAUUUUUGAAGGCUGAGGGGGUGUUUGUGCAGGUUGGGGCAUCGGCGUUUACGACGUUUGCUGGACGGGUUGCUUGGCCGUCGCUUUUGGGGGGUGGGAAGAGGAGGUAUAAGAUCUUUUUCUUUGCGAAUACCCAGCAGCAUCUGGUUGCGCUUGGGGAUAUGCUGAAGACGGGAUCUUUGAAGACGCACGUCGAUACUAAGUACGAGUUUGAAGAUGCGAGGCAGGCAUUUGAGAAACUUCGCUCUGGGCGGGCCCGGGGGAAGAUCUUGGUUCAGGUUGCUAAGGCUUGA